AUGAAGCUAACACACCUCACCUGCUGUAGAGCAUUCGGCCACCUCCAUCAUGCCGCUUCUUGCCGAGGAGACCGAAUUGAUUCUCCUAUCGGAGGUACCGCAUGGAGCGUGAGCUACAACUGGCAGACGACUUAUGAGAUUAUGGUCGAUGCCACGAAGUGCGCCUGCCGCUAUUACCACGCACGCACUGCGGGUCACAAUUGCCCGGAUUGCACCUACAACGACAGCCAGUUGGCUUGCACCUCUGCUGGUGGACUCAUUGGCGGUGAUGAGAUGAACUACUACUGCGAGAAGAAGUGCGGCGCUAAGGGCUCUGUGGCUGAUUAA